AUUUAACGACUGUGCGCAGGCGCGCGGAGGAGCAGGCGGAGACAGGCUGGAAUGCGGCUCAGCUGGGAAGAGGCGUGCACUGGUACCGUUGAACAGCCUCCGGCCGUGCCUGAAGGAAGGAGGGACCUGGUUUAAAGUCCAACGGACUGCGAGAGGGAUAACGCUGCCGCGGAGAGACCUGCAUAUCCGGCUGCAGUGGGAGAAGCAGAUGCUACCUGAAUCCUUCUCUGUUCGGGAGCCGUCGCUGGAGCGCUGUUCUGCCUGCCUGGCAGACGCUCCUUCUCCGAGGUUUGCUCAUCGCAGGCAGAAUCUUGUUAGCAGACUCGACGGGGUGGGUUUGUCAUGAUUACCCUCCACUUGUGGGAUCACCUGAGGGCUGGCAGCUCCGAACUGGACUGGUGCGAGGAUAACUACACCAUUGUGCCCACCAUAGCCGAGUUCUAUAACACGAUAAGCAACAUCUUGUUUUUUGUUUUGCCACCCAUAUGUAUGUGCUUAUUCCGACAAUAUGCAACCUGCUUCAACAGCGGAAUAUAUUUAAUAUGGACCCUGCUAGUGGUUGUUGGAAUUGGAUCUGUCUACUUCCAUGCCACCUUAAGCUUCCUGGGUCAGAUGCUUGAUGAACUUGCCAUUCUCUGGGUUUUGAUGUGUGCUCUGGCUAUGUGGUUUCCCAGAAGAUAUCUACCCAAAAUGUUUAGAAAUGACAGGGGCCGAUUUAAAACAGCAGUGGGCAUCCUUUCUGGAAUCACUACCUGUCUUGCCUUCAUUAAGCCUGCCAUCAAUAACAUCUCGCUGAUGACUCUGGGUCUUCCCUGCAGUGCUUUGCUUGUUGCAGAGCUUAAAAGGUGUGACAAUGUGCGAGUAUACAAGCUGGGACUCCUUUCUGGUCUCUGGUGGAUGUUGGCACUCUUUUGUUGGAUUAGUGACCGAGCAUUUUGUGAGAUCUGGUCAUCGUUUAACUUUCCAUAUUUGCACUGUGUAUGGCACAUCCUCAUCUGCAUUGCUGCUUACUUGGGCUGCGUCUGUUUCGCCUAUUUUGAUGCUGUCUCGGAGAUCCCUGAGCAAGGCCCUGUCAUUAAGUUCUGGCCCAGUGAGAAAUGGGCUUUUAUUGGGGUCCCUUAUGUCUCCCUCCUCUGUGCUCACAAGAAAUCACCAUUGAAGAUUACAUGAUGGUGUUUUUAAUAUGCAGGGAAGAGGCAAUAGGACUACUUUCAUAUUAUCUGACUCACAAGCACACUGAUGUGUGCAAAGGUUUUAGGAGCAGCAGUGCCAUACUUCUGCAUCCUUUCUUAGUGGAACGCAGGGCCACCAAAUCCCCAUUUGGUUUUGGCAGCUCUGGAGUUUUUCUGUCAGAAGUCUGAAUUAGUGCUGGCAUCAUUUUGUCAUGUGCACUUUGUAUAGCAUUCUCUGAAUGGUUUUGCUGGAUAGAACUAGACAUCAUGGGAGAAAUGUGGUUGAUGCUGAAAAAAGCAAACCCAUAUCAUUGCCCACACCUCUUCCUGUAACAUGUUGUUGUAAAAAUGUGUGGCAUCUUCGGGUUUGAACUCCACCCCCUUCCCACGCACACAUUUAAUUGGCUGCCUGCCAUUCAUGGAGGGCAGGGAAAACUCAGAACAUGCUGACAUCACAUCAUGUCAGUAUUGUUAAUGUUAUGGGAGAGGGGAGGCAGUCACACAUUUCCCAUAAUGCCUAGCUCUGGACAGAAGUCUCUGCUGUAGACUCCGAGUAUAUUUACAUAUGCAUUUUUCACCGUGAAGUAACCAUAGGAUUCAUCUAUUAUUGAAGGGUUUUUAAAAGAUUAUUUUGCACAUCUACCAUUAUUUGGCUUUUUUGCAAACCUGGAGUAUAUUUAAACUGACAUUUACAGCAUGAAGGUCUUUCUAGCCUCCCUGGUCAAAUAUCUAGGGGUUGGGGAGAAGUCAUGAAGAAACAUGAGAAUAGAGAAGCUGGUUUUCUUAUUUGCUUGAUUUAGUGGUUUGCAUGUUUAGUAGCGAGAUCAUUCUGAUGCCCAUGUCCGCUUCUAUUAUAUGAUAAACUCAUCCUCGCUUGACAGGAGCGUUGUCCCCUGACAAACUGCGCUUUGAACUGCAAACAUCAGCAGAUGAAAAUGCUGACUUCUGUGCUGUGAAAGUUUCACAUCUUGAUUUCUGCAGGUCAAGUUGCUGUUGAAGGCAUAGGAGCAAGCCUGCCCAUUUUUUUUUGUCAGUUGGCAACCAUAUUUGGCAGGCAGAUUACUAAGUGAGUACAUGCACACUGGUGUUAGUUUCCACUUGAGGAAAAAGUCAUCCUUGUCCAUUGAGGGCUAAAGUGGCUUUCACUUCCUACCUUGUGACUCUUGUGUUCAGUGGAAUGUACCGCAGGCUUGAACUGAUGCAAAUUUAUAUUUGCUGUCUUGAAUUCUGCUGUCUUUACUCGGGACUACGAGGCAAACAGCAUGGAAGGUCUCUUUGUGCCUUUGUAUACCUGAAGCUGUGCACGCAGCUCUCAUGAGAGAGAUCUCCAAGCCAUUGCCAUGGUUGCAUCAGCCACCUUUUUAAAUAGAUGUGUCAUGCUCAGUGGUGGAUGUGGUUUGGCAGUGCCAAUGGGGUGGAAGUACCGGGACAGACCUUCCCACCUCCCUGGAAGAACUCUUGAACCUUCCCAAAUUGGGAUGCCAGCUGUCAUGCACAGCCCUUGCACAUCAUGCAUUUUUCAAAGACCUGGUGCUUUGGAAGCAUUGAGGAGGUGGAAAUCUAGGUUGAGUUUGUAACAAAACAAAUACUGGAGGAGAGAUGAGUUGAGGGAUCAGUUGCAGAUGCUAUUUAUAAUGGUGGGCAUUUGUACCAGGUUUGCAGCAUAAAGGGGACAAAUAAACCUAAGUUAGUCAUAGAGCAGACCCAUUGAAAUUCAUGGACAUGACUAACUUAGGCCCAUUAAUUUAAAUGGGCCUAGUCUGAGUAGAACUUAGUUGGAUACAACUAAAUGCCAAUAGCAGGCUGGAAAAUGAGAUUAUAGGUUAGGAGUUCCAAUUGCAUGACAAUUUCCUCAUCAGGUUAAGAUUUUAAUUGUAAGAUCCGUGACAAUGCUAAAGAUUUAAAAAUGAACCCUUGUAUUCCAAUUGCCUUGUUUGAUCUCAAGGUUUCACCAUUAUUAUUUGGAGCUGUUUGUCAGCCUGUGACAGUAAGUUAGACCCAAAGCCACUGUUAAAUAAUGGUGGGUGAGAAGGCAUUAACCAUUACAAACACACCCAAUCCUAUAAGUUAUAAUAUAGUUAACAUAUUUAUAUCAUGAUGCACACUUUUCUGGCUACCUUAUUUGCUGAGGCAGCUAGGUGUUGAUUUUUAAUAUAUAUCUCCCCUCCAGUGAAAUGGGAUAUUAAUAAAAUUCAUGUUUAGCUAAUUGCACCCAAAGUUCUGAUUGAAAUGACUGAAGGUGGCAUUGUUACAGCCUGAUUCCUCUUCAGUAUUCAAUAUUGCUAACAAUUGAAUAAGGCAGAGUUCUUGGCAAGAGAUUAAUGUAGCGGUAAGCUACCAGAUUUUUGAAAAAGCAAUUUACUUUUUAACCUGUGUUUAAGUCCCAGGCACUUUGUAAGCAAACAAAUGAACUCAAUAAGUUUGAGCUGUCAGUCUGUUGUUUGCAACAUCUUGCCAUGACAUAACUUUAGAGAAUUGCUGACAGAGAGAGAGCACCCAUAUUGACAUCUGUUUUAGUUUUAAGGAGGUUACCAUUUCAUUUUAAAGAUAGCAAGGGCUGUGGUACACAAACAGCUACACUGAAUUCAUGCAAGCUGUUGCAUCUUACAGGACAGGACAGUGCAAAUCUUGUGUGAGCCACUGACAUUCCCAAAUUCUGUCACAAUAUAUAACAUCUGAUCAGUUAUGGUGAUUAAUAUGGGUCUCUGAGAGUAUAGCUACGUUGGAGAGAGAACACAGGCUUCUGGUACGGUUUUCUGGAUUCCAACCCCAGCUGUAGCAUAGUUUGGUCUAGGCUCUAUCCUAACCAAAAUUUAGACUUUAGACAAAGCAGUUUUAAUGCUGUGUAGGUGGUUUCUGUCUUCUCCCUUCACAUGAACUAGCAAACAAUCAAGGAAGUCUUCCAAUUGACCCAUAGAUCUCAUUUUGUCCAAACUAGGAAACGAUGAUUGGAAGCAGUCAUGAUAUUAAACCACCAUUUGAAGCUAUCUUAAUAUCCCGGCUUGUUCUGAAGCUAGUAACCAUAGUUUCCUGGUUCGGACACAACAGGAAACUAUGGUUAAUGGAUGGCUUCCUGGUUUAUUUUCCAGCUUACACAAAGGGCUGCAGGCAAGAGCGAAAAGCCAGUUUGCAUCUUGGUUUAUGAGGCUGAGAUAUGAUCCCCUGAAUGUGGUCACUCAAAGUAAGUUAGCUGAGAGUCCAAACCUGAAUUCUUGUUUAGGUCUUCAAUGAUAUAGCCAUUUUUUUCCCUGUGACAGCAGCAGGAUCUGUCCCAUCAAAAGACAACUUGCACUGUACACUUGGCAAAUGGGACAGACUUCCCCACCUCUGUUCAAUUGGCUAUGCAAAGCCGACUGCAAGCAAACAGGCUCAGGCUCUGAUUGGCCGAAAAGGAUCCCAAGUCUGGGCAGGAUCCUGUUCCUCAUGCACCCAUUUCUUUUGUGUGCAUCACUCUCUGCUGUGAUUUAUUUGAUGUUUAGGUUUAACAAUAUACCUUCUUCAGCUCCCUGCUUCUCCUUAAAAAAAAAAAAAAAAGGAAAUAAUUCUCAGGUACAGUGUUAACGACACUGCAUGUGGUUCUUUGCUAGAUGCUAAAAGACAUACAUACGCACACACAUACCAAAUAGUUACAGAUACUGUGAAUUGCCUCAGGACUCAAAACUGCUCAUGAGAUGCAAUCACUUGACUAUAAAAAUGACAAGAAUGGAAUCUUUAACAUUUUAAAACUGAGCAAGCUUCUGUGAAAAAUCUAGUAAGCUUUCAAUUUCUAAGCACUUUUAUGAAUGAUUUAGUAAAUGGUUAAAUGGUCUUCUAUCCUGUACUGCAAUAAAAUGUUUUCUUAGGAACCUAUUUCUGAGACAUUAUUUUCAUAGAGGCGAUGAUUUAAAGUCGGAGUGGGGAACCUUUGGUCCUCCAGAUGUUGCUGAACUACAAUGCCCAUCAGCCCUAGCAAGCAUGGCCAAUGACCAGGGAUGAUGGGAGCUGUAGUUCAGCAACAUCCUGAUGGCCAAAGAUUCCCCAUAUCUGCUUUAAAGAAAACCAAGGGCAUGUGGGGUUUCCAUUGCCCUCUAUGGAACAGCAAAGCCCAAUGUUUUUGUCCAUUUCUAUCAUUUGAAACGGGGAAAGCGCUGGCUGAAAUGUGUAGUUCUCUCUAACAUGGCAGUUGUUGCUUCUAUAUCCAGCGAUAUUAAUGGAGGUAUAUGGUGGGUUACUAAAUGGGUUGGCAUCCUGCACUUAAAACUUCUUUUGAAAAGUAAAAAGAAAAAAUUUUUUAUGCUUGGAAUAAAUUAUGCUUUUCAGAAAAAA